AUGGAGGACCACACCCUUGUGGCCAUCGUUGUUUUCUUUGGGAAUGGUGAACCUUUCCAUGUGUCGUUGUCUGUAGAAAUGGUGUUCGUGCUGCUUCUUUCAUCCACUAGAAUUCAUGAGGUAGUAGUUCUUAUAUGUUAUAAACUUCAACACGCCACCUGGUCUUGGGGUAAUAUGAGCAAGAAUUUCUCUCUUAAACCGGAUAUAAGUCUGAGCUUUCUGUUGGAUAUAAUUUCUAUAAAUGAUAUAUGCAUCUACGGUUGCAUUGCCCUUACAGUUGUGUUUAUUUUAUAA